AUGGCCGAGCUGGAAGCUCAGGCACGACACGAUCCUCAACUGCCGCGACCUGAUCCCACCGAGUCCUUUUGGCAAAUACCACCCCAUCCCACCUUGUCUGAAGUCCAGUCUGAAAGACUGCCAGAGACCACCGACAUUGCCAUCAUCGGCUCAGGGAUCACGGGUUGCAGUAUCGCCACUACCCUCCUGGAACACUCUGCACAAUCCUUGAAGAUAGCCUCAGUGACGGUAUUGGAGGCCAGGACGUUGACCAGUGGUGCCACUGGCCGUAAUGGCGGAGUGUUGACCUCUUUCGUGCCCGGUGACUACAAAGUUCUCAGCGAGCGUUUCGGCCACGAGCAGGCGGUCCAGAUUGCAAGGUACGCCAACAGGACGCUAGAAAAGAUGCACGAACUUGGCAACUCCAGCGACGAGCUUAAAAAAGCGAGUGAGGUGAGAAGACUCUUGGACGUCAUCGGCUUCGAAGACGACGAGUCUUUUCAGGCAGCCGUCGAGUCCUGGCGCCUUUACGAGGAGCAUGUACCCGAGGAGCGAGGCAAGUCUCGGAUUCUCAGCGCCGAGGAGGUCGAGCUGGAAUACGGGAUGAGAACAGCCGCGGGUGCCAUCGUGUGGCCGAACGGCGCAUUCUGGCCAUAUCGACUCAUCACCAGUCUUUGGGCCCAGCUGUAUGCACAGAACCGGCCACGGCUUUCGAUUGAGACAAACACCCCUGUGACUUUGAUCGCGUACGAUGCCGGCACGAACCCGACGCACCCGUAUAUCCUCCACACGCCACGAGGUCUUGUCCGCGCCUCGAAAGUCAUCCACGCCACCAACGGCCAUGCUGGACACCUGCUGCCCAAGCUUCGGGGAAGUAUAUUCCCGGUGCGUGGCACCAUGUCGACGCAGAAAGCAAGCCCCGAGUUCGGACGUCAUGGUCAUCGCGUGUCCUGGAGCGUGAUUAACAGCGGCGACUUCGACGUUGCAACCAACACCAUAGAGCUUGGACUAUACUACGGUAAUCAGAACCCCUACACCGGAGAUAUCUUCUUCGGGGGAGAGAAGGCGAAGAUCGGCGAGCUGUUUGUCAGCGACGACUCACAGGUCGGGGCGCCGUGUGUGGAAAAGCUCUCGACCUUGUUGCCGAGCCUGUUCACCCGCGGCUGGAAAGACGGCGCAACCCCGGACGUGGUCAAGGUGUGGUCGGGCAUCAUGGGUUUCACGGCGGAUCGCCUUCCGCUGGUCGGAUGUCUGCCUCCGUGCGUCACAGAUCGUGGCCAAGAGGGCGGCGAGGGCGAGUGGAUUGCCGCCGGCUUCAAUGGGUAUGGUAUGCCGUUGUGUUGGUCGGCCGGUGAGGCGGUGGCUAAGAUGCUACUUGGCAUCAACCCUGACAACCUCUUACCCGAAUCAUUUCUUGCCACCAAGGAGCGUUUACAGGACAGUCGACGCAUGGCAACUGGGCCAGCCUUGCAGAUGUUGCUGGGUGGGCAUCCGUGA